CACAUGCUGGAUCGGACUGUAGAAGAGACAACCAUUUACCUCGAAGAAGAAAGAGCUCUUUCUUAACGAAGGUUCGCAGACGUUUCCUCACUUGAACCUUCCUCCAUCCUUUACUUGCUUUCUCUUUCGAUUUCUCUGUAAAACCUAAUCCUGUUCAUAGAAAGAGAAACAAAUCCAGAAUAACAACUAGCUAGUUUCAAAAUUCAAGUUCUAGUUAUAUCAUGGCCAAACGUCCUCUUGAUUCAUCUUCAAACGAAGAAUCUAACCGUGAUCCCAAACGCCCUGCUCUUGCCAGUGUGAUUGUUGAAGCUCUCAAGGUGGAUAGUCUACAGAAACUCUGCUCCUCACUGGAGCCUAUCCUUCGUAGAGUUGUCAGUGAAGAAGUUGAACGAGCUUUGUCCAGAUUAAACACUGCUAAAUUUGGUGCCAGGUCCUCUCCAAGAACUAUACAAGGGUUUGACGGAAGAAACUUGCAGCUUCAAUUUAGGUCAAAACUAUCUCUCCCUCUCUUUACGGGAGGAAAAGUAGAAAGCGAACAAUCUGGAACACCUAUCCAUGUCGUUCUGAUCGAUGCAAACACCCAACAGAUCGUGAAAUCGAGUCCAGAAUCUUCGUCCAAACUCGAAAUCGUCGUUCUCGAGGGCGAUUUCAACAAUGAGGACGCCGAUGAACAGGGAUGGAGUCGAGAAGAGUUUGAAUCACAUAUAGUGAAGGAACGCGAAGGAAAAAGGCCUCUUCUUUCCGGGGAUUUGCAAGUGGUGUUGAAGGAUGGGGUUGGGAAGUUGGGUGAAAUUGCGUUUACUGAUAAUUCGAGCUGGAUAAGGAGUCGGAAGUUUCGGUUAGGUCUUAAGGUUGUCUCUUCGGGUUUUUGCGACGGAAUUCGCAUUCGCGAGGCGAAAUCCGACGCUUUUACCGUCAAGGAUCAUAGAGGAGAAUUAUACAAAAAGCAUUAUCCGCCAUCAUUAAACGAUGAAGUAUGGAGACUUGAGAAAAUCGGGAAAGAUGGAUCAUUUCAUAAGAGGCUCAGCAAGUCGGGAAUACACAGGGUCGAAGAUUUUCUUCGGUUUGUCGUUAGAGAUGCUCAAGGACUAAGAAACAUAUUGGGGAGUGGCAUGUCUAACAAGAUGUGGGAUGUCUUAGUAGAGCAUGCAAAAACAUGUGUAAUAAGCGGAAAGCUCUAUAUUUACUAUGACGACGAAGCAAAGAAUAUCGGCGUGGUUUUCAACAAUAUCUACGAAUUUAGCGGCCUAAUUGCUGGCGAAGAUUAUUAUUCGUCUGAAUCUAUUUCCGAAAGUCAGAAGGCUUAUGUUGAUACCUUGGUGAAGAAGGCUUAUGAAAAUUGGAUGCAUGUUAUAGAAUAUGAUGGAAAAUCUAUUUUGAAGGAUAUUAAUAAGUCAGCUUCUCCUCCAAUCAAUAAUGCUAUGAAUAUUUCUCAAGACUAUUCCAACUCGUUCGAAUCUCAAACCGUCUUACCGAGUCUUCCAUUAUCCAUUCCGUCGCAACAAUCCUCGACAAACACGGGCCUAAUUAAUCCUCUAGGCGGAAUCGAUCAUGGUUUAGAUUCAAGCUACAUUAAUCCAACCCUCAACAAUUCUUUUGCAACGUUUAUGAUGGGAGGACACCAAGAAUCCCACGUUCCAAUAACGGAUGACAUUCUUGCAACACAAGCUUUAACAUCGGGCUUCCACACUGGUGUCGCGUCGAACUUUGGCUCUUAUGGGAACAAUAUUUCGGACCUAAUCUCGGAUGAGGACAUUCAAAUGAGAAGUCACGCGAUGUUAGAAAACGAUAACAUGCAACAUUUACUUGGACUUUUGAACAUGGAUGCCGGUUGCCAAAGCUCUACAAGCACAUUGGAUUCACGAUAUCCAUAUAGUACUAACCCGGCUUUCAAUAACUAUGGUUUAACUGAUGAAGAAACGAGGUCUUCGGAUGAAUCGAUUGUUGGGUGGUUGAAGUUGAAGGCAGCGUUACGAUGGGGAAUUUUCAUAAGGAAGAAAGCUGCUGAGCGACGAGCACAAUUGAUCGAGUUGGAUGAUAACUAGCUGAUGCUUUCGUAGUUAUGGGAAUAAAUUAUUUACCAAUAAUCUUUCCUAACUAUAAUAAGGAUUUUGAUC